UUAAAGGUAUGUGUUUGAGUAAAAUGAACAUUUUUGAAAAACCAAUCCCCAGAGUUGGGGAACAUUGUCAGAGCAGAAGGAAGCAAGUUUUCUUCCAGGAUAACCUUGUAUGUGGCUUGAUUCAUGCAUCCUUCACAAAGAUGACUCUGCCCAGUUCCAGCCUUGCUGAAGCACCCCCAGAUCAUCACUGAUGCCUGCCUAAGGCAGUAGCAUUUUUCAAAAAUGAAGAGGAGCUGUAAAUAAUAUAUCCAGAAGAAGUUAAAUCAAACAAAGAUAAGAAGAUGAAAGAGAUGAUUCUGAGAGAGAACCCAGAGAUACUACGUCUGAUUACAGUGGACCAGAACCCAACAGAGUCCAGUGUAACCUGCUAUUCUUCACUGACCAGUCAUCACCCUGGCACAGCACUCUCAUAACUGCCAUGAAAUGCAGCAGAAAAGGUGGCAUCAGUAAAGGCAGACAACUUACUCUAGAAGGUGAUAAAGAGAUAAAGCUGACUGUGAACUUGUAUUACAAUAAUACAGUCAUGGUCCAGGGGUCAGAACCCAAGAAAGAUCCUGAGGUGAAGAGCAGUGUAGAGUCCUACAACACAACAGCCACAAACAUUGACCUCCACUCGAGCACCCCUGUAGCAGAGAGACACCCUGUUUCUCCUGCAUCUCCAAAGAUCAAGGCCUUGAGAGACAAUAUUGCUGAGCUGGAGCAGGACUACUUCCUGUUUAAAGAGGAAAAUACCAACAGCCUUUGCCAGGUCCAAAACCAGGCACAUCAUCAUACACCAACUUCAACAGCUCUGCUAUCAGACAGCUGGAGGAGAACAACCAGGAGCUGCGAGAUGAGCUGAGGAGGGUGAGAGAGGAGCUGAUCAAGAGAGAUCAACACAGCAGUAUACUGGAGAAACAACUGGAAGAGGUGAGACAACAACUACACACAAGCAAUGAACACAUCACAUCCACAGAACAACAGCAACAGUGAGCCAGGACACAAACAUUCAAAACCUCUACUCCUGAACACAUCGCAAACACAACAAAACACCAGCAGUGUGUCAACCCACAAACACACACCAUCCCAUCCCCUGCAACCCUACAGGUUUCUCAGGUCUCUCAAGUCUCUAACCUAUUGUGUCACAACUUUGGAGAUAUGCUUGGGGUCUUUGUCCAUUUGGAAGACCCAUUUGUGACCGAGCUUUAUCUUCCUGGCUGAUGUCUUGAGAUGUUGCUUCAAUAUAUCCAUAUAAUUUUCCUUCCUCGUGAUGCCAUCUAUUUUGUGAAGUACACUAGUCCCUCCUGCAGCAAAGCACCCCCACAACAUGAUGCUGCCACCCCCAUGCUUCACGGUUGGGAUAGUGUUCUUCGGCUUCCAAGCCUCACCCUUUUUCCAACAAACAUAGCGAUGGUCAUUAUGGCCAAGCAGUUCAGUUUUUGUUUCAUCAGACCAGAGGACAUUUCUCCAAAAAAUGAACGUGGUACCUUCAGGUGUUUGGAAAUUGCUCCCAAGGAUGAACCAGAAUUGUGGAUAUCCACAACUUUUUUUCUGAGGUCUUUGCUGAUUUCUGUUGAUUUUCCCAUGAUGUCAAACAAAGAGCCACUGAGUUUGAAGGAUGGCAGUAAAGUCUUUACAGCCUCAUGUGACAAAACUGCUAAGAUGUGGGAUCUGAACAGCAAUCAGGCCACCCAGAUAGCCCAACAUGAUGGCCCAAUCAGGACAAUUCACUGGAUAAAAGCCCCAAACUACAGCUGUAUAAUGACUGGCAGCUGGGACAAAACACUGAAGUUUUGGGAUACGCGUUCCCCAAAUCCAAUGAUGUCUCUGCAGAUGCCAGAGAGGUGUUACUGUGCAGAUGUGGUAUAUCCUAUGGCUGUAGUGGCCACUGCAGAACGAGGCCUUAUUGUUUACCAGCUGGAAAAUCAGCCCUCAGAGUUUCGACGUAUAGAUUCACCUCUGAAGCAUCAGCACCGCUGUGUGGCUAUCUUUAAGGACAAGCAGAAUAAACCUACUGGUUUUGCACUUGGCAGCAUCGAGGGACGAGUUGCCAUUCACUACAUAAACCCACCUAACCCAGCCAAGGACAAUUUCACCUUUAAGUGCCACAGGUCCAAUGGAACCAACACUGCCACACCCCAAGACAUUUAUGCUGUAAAUGCUAUCUCCUUUCACCCUGUCCAUGGCACUCUGGCGACAGUAGGAUCUGAUGGGCGCUUCAGUUUCUGGGAUAAAGAUGCUCGCACUAAGUUAAAGACCUCUGAACAAUUGGAUCAACCAAUAACAGCAUGUUGCUUCAAUAACAAUGGGAACAUUUUUGCCUAUGCCUCCAGCUAUGACUGGUCUAAGGGACAUGAAUACUACAAUCCCCAGAAAAAGAAUUACAUCUUCUUGAGGAAUGCGGCUGAGGAGCUGAAGCCACGGAAUAAGAAAUGAUCUGUCAAGCUUCAUCACAUCUUGGAAGACCUGCAUUAGUGUGUAAAUAUGGAAGACCCCCAUUCGGCUAACACCUGGACCAAUGGCGUAGCAAUGAAUAUUUUUUAUGGACCAAUUAGAAGGGGCCAACUGCUAAUAAGCAAUGAUGAUGUGAGCAGUGGCUUUUCAGACGACUGAGGAAACUAUGCUUUGGUAUUCUUGAUGUAAUUUAAUGUAAAUUUUUCUUCAUGAAGUUAUUCAUUAUUUGCAGUUGUUGUUUUGUUUUUUGUUUUUAUAUCGCCUUCCAAACAAAAUGGAUUUUCACCUCGAUGUUACUUUCUCUGCUUGGUGUGGAAUCAGAUUGCUUGUGUAAACAAUAAUAAAUCUUUUCAGAGCUUUCA